UUGAACGUUGUGCGUUGCGCGCAGUCGUAUCGUUGUUGCUGAUAUUAUAACGGUCAAACAGCUGCUUAGCUGACAGAAAAUACAAAUAAUAAUAAUUCGUGUGGACGACAUAUGCUUCAGUAGUAAAUGUUCCCCCAAACCAAAAGCAAAUAAUAUAAAUAUAUUGUAAUCCAAACGAUAAAAGAAGAGAGAGAAACAAGAAAAGAGUGUGAAAUCAAUUUAAAAUCAAUUUAUCAAUCACAAAGCUUAAGCAUAAAAUGGAUGAACUCCCAGCCACAGCAGGCGAAGCAACAAUUACAAUAAACAUAAGUAACAACAGCAACAACAGCAACAGCAACAACGUUGUGGAUACACCUCCAAAGGUCAGCGCAUUCUUCAGCAGCAGCUCCAACUAUCAGAGCCGGGUGCAGCAGCUGAUCAGCUUCAGUUUCACGUCGUCGUUCCAUUUAAUCUUUAUCACAUCCAUAUUGAGCAUAAGUAAAUUUUGCAAUGCCGCCGCCGUAAAUGCUGCUCAGGUGACUGCAUCGGCGCCCAGUCCCAGUUUAAUCAUAUCAAAUCUGAGCGGAUCGGCGCUGCUCGAGAAAAUUAUGAAGACGACGACGCUGAGCCCACAGCUUGAUAAGCUCAAGAGUUCUGCGCCCGCCGCAGCUAACAGCAUCAGUGGGAGCAGUCCUGGCAACAGCUUCGGCUCAUCCUUCUUCAACAGCAAAGGCAUCAAUCUGAGCAUGGACUUUAUGUUCCAGAAUGUUUCGGGCAAGAUAAAUACGCCGUUGGAUAUAUCUCAAAGCCUGACACAUUUUUGCGAUGAGAAGCAGUUCCGCUGCAAGGAAAGCGGGGAAUGCAUACCCAUUCGAUUUGUCUGCGAUGGCGACACCGACUGCAAGGAUCACAGCGAUGAGCUGAUCGAGCAAUGUAAAUUUCAAGAAUCCACUUGCGGCGUUAAACAGUUCCGCUGCAACAACGGCAUGUGCAUACCCAACAAAUGGCGUUGUGAUCGUGAGAGCGACUGUGCCGACGGCUCCGAUGAGGCACCAGGCCUUUGCAAGAGCAAAACGUGCUCCCCCGACGAGUUCGCUUGCAAGAGCGGCGAGGGCGAGUGUAUACCACUCGCCUGGAUGUGCGAUCAGAGCAAAGAUUGCAGCGAUGGCAGUGACGAAGCCACGUGCAAUACAACUUGCCGUUCGGAUGAGUUCACGUGCAAGAAUAGCCGGUGCAUCCAGAAGCGCUGGGUCUGCGAUCAGGACAACGAUUGUGGCGAUGGCAGCGAUGAGGUCGCUUGUCCCAAAAUCGAAUGCCCCAAAGAUACCUCGUUCACCUGCAGCAAUGGCGGCUGCAUCAGCAAGACUUGGGUCUGCGACGGCGAACCGGAUUGCGAGGAUGGUGGCGAUGAGCGCAAUUGCGGCACUGUAUCACAGAUUUUAACGCCCUGCCAACCGCUCGAGUUUCAGUGCAAAGAUCGCAUCACCUGCCUGCCGCACAGCUGGGUUUGCGAUGGCGACCGCGACUGUCCCGACGGCGACGACGAGCAGAUGUCCAACUGCAGAAAUAUCACCUGCCGGCCGGAUCAAUUUCAGUGCGGCGAUCGCAGCUGCAUUGCCGGACACCUCACUUGCAAUGGACUGAAGGAUUGUGCCGAUGGCAGCGAUGAACGCGACUGCCGGAUCACAGCUGAACUCAAGAGCUGCAAUGCCAGCAGCCAAUUCGACUGUGGAGGCGGACAGUGUAUUGCCCUGUCGCAGGUCUGUGACAGGCGCAAGGAUUGUCCCGAUGGUGAGGAUGAGCCGGCGAACAAAUGUGGCAUAAACGAGUGCGACUCCAAAAACGGCGGCUGCAUGCAUCGCUGUGUGGAUCAGCCGUUGGGCUACCGAUGCGAGUGCAACGAUGGCUACAAGCUAACAAGCGAUGGCCAUCAUUGCGCCGAUAUCAAUGAAUGCGAAGAGCCGGGCGUCUGCUCCCAGAUCUGCGUCAAUGAAGUCGGAGGCUUCAAGUGCGAAUGCGAAGCGGGCUACAUGAGAGACUCGCAUGAUCGCACGCGCUGCAAGGCAACAGAGGGACAUGCUUCACUCCUGCUCGCACGUCGUCACGACAUACGAAAGAUUGCCUUAGAUCACAUGGAAAUCACAUCCAUUGUGAACAACACCAAGGCGGCCACUGCUUUGGACUUUGUGUUCCGUACGGGCAUGAUCUUCUGGAGUGAUGUAAACACCCAGAGCAUCUACAAGGCGCCCAUCGAUGAGGGCAACGAGAAGACUGUCGUGCUGAAGAAAUCAUCAGUGACCUCGGAUGGCCUAGCUGUCGAUUGGAUCUAUAACCAUGUCUACUAUACGGACACUCAUAAGUGCACCAUCGAGUUGACCAAUUUUGAUGGCAACAUGGGCAAAGUUCUGAUUGAGGACGCGCUCGAUAUUCCCCGCUCCAUAGCUCUCGAUCCCAUUGAGGGUUGGAUGUACUGGUCCGACUGGGGUGCCUCGCCGCGCAUCGAACGCGCCGGCAUGGAUGGCUCCCAUCGCACGACGAUCAUCAACUAUGACGUCAAGUGGCCUAAUGGCAUCACCUUGGAUCUGGUGAGGAAGCGCAUCUACUGGGUGGAUGGCAAGCUGAAUAUAAUUUCCUCGGCCAACUACGAUGGCUCGCAGCGCAGACAGAUCUUGUACUCGACUGAGUAUCUGCGACAUCCCUUCUCCAUCAGCACCUUCGAGGAUUACAUCUAUUGGACCGACUGGGACAAGCAGACGGUCUUCAAGGCUAACAAAUUUACUGGACAAGACGUAGAGCCUAUCACAGCUGUUCACAUGUUGCAGCACCCCAUGGUCAUCCAUGUGUAUCAUCCUUAUCGCCAGCCCGAUGGCAUUAAUCAUUGCCAAUCAGUAAAUGGACACUGCUCGCAUCUGUGUCUGCCUGCACCCCGCAUCAACGAGCGCAGUCCGCGCAUCUCCUGCGCCUGUCCCACGGGUCUCAAGCUCAUGCCGGAUGGUCUUAUGUGCGUCGAAGAUCUACGUAUACGCACCGUAAAGCCCUCCAAGCGCUUCAAUACAACGACGACACAAGUGAAACUUGCGAAGCCAAACCAAACAUUCGCCAAACUACCUCAAGAUGCGCCCAGCUUAUCGACUGACGCUGGAAACUUUGUAAAUGCGACACAUGCGGACGGAGACAGCGCUGAGACAGCGCCACCGCCGGAGGGCAAUUCCAAAACAAUAGCUUUUGCUAUCAUCGGAACGGUUGCAGCUGUAACCUUAGUUAUAGCCGCCUCCUAUUGGCUAUUAAGGCAGUAUCCAAAGCGCGGAAACACAAUGAACUUUUCGAAUCCCACGUACAAUAAGACCACAGAGGAUACAUUUAGCUUGGAGAAGAACGCGUCUAUCAAUAGAUGCUCCUCAGCCAUGGAGGAAGAGGUAAGCGGGUCGUUGGUGACAUCAGUGCCAAAUCCAAAUGAUUUUAGCUAUGUGAGAUUUUAAGCAGAGCGGAUAGUA